AUGAGCAAACAAGACGGCUACAUUAGCCUCUCGGAGCUUAUCGAAACAGACAAAAGGUUUCAGAAUCUCAGAGAAGAAUUAGCAGUCUACGACAAAAAUUCAAAAGAAUAUCUGAGCAACCUCAUCAGCAAGCUGCCCUUAACUAACCACGUAAGCUACCGUCAAUUUCUGAAGGAGCAGGCGGUCAGCUUGGAAAGCUCGAAAAAGCACGGCUACAGCCCCGUGUUUAGAAGUUCAUUAAGUCCGGAGUGCCUCGUGUCAAACGUUCACCCUCGCCUAUCGACCUUCUUCGAGCUUUUUAAUUUCUCCGUAGAGCGCUUCCCUGAUAAUGACUGCCUUGGCCAAAGGAGCCAAGAUCGUGUCACCGGGCACUGGGGCCAGCAUUAUGAGUUUGAGUCGUAUAGGGAGAUACAGGAGCGCAGCCAAAACUUGGGCAGCGGUAUAAUGACAGUUGUAAAUCUCAAGCGGAAGCGGAGAUUCGGUUCCAACGACUUUAUCGUCAGCUUUCUGUCAACAAACCGUAAGGAGUGGGUUAUUUCUGAUUUAGCAUGCCAGGGCUAUUCGUUGGGAAACACUGCGCUAUACGAAACACUGGGGCUAGACACAUCAGAGUACAUUUUGAACGUAACCGAGUCUCCAGUGCUGAUUCUAUCGAAAGAAAAUAUCUAUCGCGUGAUGGAGAUGGUUCCCAAGUUGCCGCACCUGAGCACGAUUGUUUGCAUGGACGAAUUGAGUGACCUUGAACUGGCGCAGCUCAAUGGGCCCCUUUUGCCGCAGCACACAAACAGCAAAGGAGAGCGGAUUUCAAUUUUGAAUUUCAGACAAGUUGAGAGAAUCGGGGCUUCAAAUAAGGUUCCACUCAUCCCUCCCACACCAGACUCCUUGUAUACUAUUUCAUUUACCUCUGGAACUACGGGCACUCCGAAAGGUGUGCAGAUGAAGCAAAGCCACGUUGCUGCUGCCGUCGCAUUUGUGUUAUCUACACUUCGCAUGCCUCGAUUAAAGCAUCGCAGUCAAGCUUAUGACCUAUGCUUUUUGCCAUUAGCCCACAUUUUUGAGAGACAGAUUGUCGCGUUCGAUUUGUCGUCUGGCACCGCUAUUGGCUUCCUACACAAGCCUGAUCCUUCGGUACUAGUAGAGGAUUUGAAGCUUUUGAAACCCGACGUUUUCCCCUCUGUUCCUCGAAUUUUGACCAAAUUUGAAGCUGGCAUUAAGAACUCUCUACAAAAUGGAGACGGAUCGGCCGUGACCAAGAACGUCGCAAGCACCAUACUCAACAAGAGACUCGAGCGUACGACGCAUCACGGAGGGAAAGACCAUUCCAUUUUGAACACAGUUGUUUUUCAUCGAGUCCUUAUUGACAAGAUUCGUUCAUCCCUUGGGCUAGAGAACCUCGACGUCGUUAUUACGGGAUCAGCCCCUAUAUCUAAUGAUACACUGCUGUUUAUGAAAAGUGCUCUUGACUGCGGCGUGAGGCAGGGGUAUGGCCUCACUGAAACUUUUGCGGGCAUAUGCUUGAGUGAGGCGCGUGAAAGGGAUUCCGGAACUUGUGGCGGGAUGGCAGUCACGACGGAAUGCAGGUUGAGAUCCAUUCCCGAGAUGGGAUACGAUGCAGAGCACGACCUCAAAGGAGAAGUUCAACUGCGCGGCUCACAAGUUUUUCGAGGCUAUUACAAAAACCCUCAAGAGACAUCAAGGGCUUUGGGGGAAGACGGCUGGUACUCAACGGGGGACGUUGGAUUUAUUGACUCCAAAGGCCGGCUCAGUAUCAUUGAUAGGGUCAAGAAUUUCUUUAAGCUAGCUCAAGGUGAAUACAUUGCGCCAGAGAAAAUUGAAAGUGUCUACUUGUCGUCAUGUCCUUAUCUCACGCAAAUUUCUGUCCACGGCGACUCCUUGCAGACCUUUUUAGUCGCGGUAAUUGGCCUUGAGUUGGACAUCACGGCUCCUAUCAUUCACAAGAAAAUACCUGAAUUGCGGGGGUUUAGUGGAAAGGACCUUGUUGACGAGAUAAACAAAAGCCGCGCGCAUCGCAAAGCGCUGAUUGUAUUGAUUAACAGUUUUAUCGAGGGCCUACAAGGAUUCGAGAAAAUCCACAAUCUCUAUGUUGGAAUCGAACCAUUGAAGGUCACGGAUGAUACCAUAACUCCAACCUUAAAAGUAAAGCGAGCGAACGCAGCAAAACAUUUCAGAAAAAUUCUUGAAAAUCUGUAUGAGGAGGGCUCUUUAAUCAAAGUUGAAAAGCUUUAA